CCAUCAGUUUGGAUUGGAGGCCCCUGGAGGAGAAGUAGAGGAAAAACCACCGAAUUGAGCUCUGUCAGAGGCGCUUUCGGCUUCCAAGGGGGAAGUGCUGGGCAAUAAUUAAUGUUUUUAUUAAAAUUGGAGGGAAUUUUUUGCAGCCGUUCGCCUAGCGUGGCCUUCAGUCCCGUUAGGUGCAAAGCAAGUCUCGUUGAUCGCCAUUGCUAGUUUUGCACACGUUUGCGAAUCAGAGCUGCCCGGGGUACACCGACCGCGCAGGGAAACAUCGAGAGUGUAAAUAAAUACAUCGCCUCUGGUUCGGAUUUUUGCUACUGCCGAAAAUAUGUAAAUUGUGAACUCUCUUGGCUCUCUUUGGAUCCAGGUUGAUAGAAGUCCAGAUCCCGAGGAAAUCUCCAGCUAAAUGCUCAAAAUAUAAAAUACUGAGCUGAGAUUUGCGAAGAGCAGCAGAAUGGAUGGAUUUUAUGACCAGCAAGUGCCUUACAUGGUCACCAAUAAUCAGCGUGGGAGAAAUUGUAACGAGAAACCAACAAAUGUCAGGAAAAGAAAAUUCAUUAACAGAGAUCUGGCUCAUGAUUCAGAAGAACUCUUUCAAGAUCUAAGUCAAUUACAGGAAACAUGGCUUGCAGAAGCUCAGGUACCUGACAAUGAUGAGCAGUUUGUGCCAGACUAUCAGGCUGAAAGUUUGGCUUUUCAUGGCCUCCCACUGAAAAUCAAGAAAGAACCCCACAGUCCAUGUUCAGAACUUGGCUCUGCCUGCAGUCAAGAACAGCCCUUUAAAUUCAGCUAUGGAGAAAAGUGCCUGUACAAUGUCAGUGCCUAUGAUCAGAAGCCACAAGUGGGAAUGAGGCCCUCCAACCCCCCAACACCAUCCAGCACCCCAGUGUCCCCCCUGCACCAUGCGUCUCCCAACUCAGCUCACACUUCGAAACCUGACCGCGCCUUCCCAGCUCACCUCCCUCCGUCGCAGCCCAUUCAAGACAGCAGCUACCCCAUGGACCACAGAUUUCGCCGCCAACUUUCUGAACCCUGUAAUUCCUUUCCUCCUUUGCCGACAAUGCCAAGGGAAGGACGUCCCAUGUACCAACGGCAGAUGUCUGAGCCAAACAUUCCCUUCCCACCUCAAGGCUUUAAGCAGGAGUACCAUGACCCAGUGUAUGAACACAAUACCAUGGUUGGUGGUGCGGCCAGCCAAAGCUUCCCCCCUCCUCUGAUGAUCAAACAGGAGCCCAGAGAUUUUGCAUAUGAUUCAGAAGUGCCUAGCUGCCACUCCAUUUAUAUGAGGCAAGAAGGCUUCCUGGCUCAUCCCAGCAGAACAGAAGGCUGCAUGUUUGAAAAGGGCCCCAGGCAGUUUUAUGAUGACACCUGUGUUGUCCCAGAGAAAUUCGAUGGAGAUAUAAAACAAGAGCCAGGAAUGUAUCGGGAAGGACCCACGUACCAGCGGCGGGGAUCACUUCAGCUCUGGCAGUUUUUGGUAGCUCUUCUGGACGACCCUUCAAAUUCCCAUUUCAUUGCCUGGACUGGGAGAGGCAUGGAAUUUAAAUUGAUUGAGCCUGAAGAGGUGGCCCGGCGUUGGGGCAUUCAGAAAAACAGGCCAGCUAUGAACUAUGAUAAACUUAGCCGUUCACUCCGCUAUUAUUAUGAGAAAGGAAUCAUGCAAAAGGUGGCUGGAGAGAGAUACGUCUACAAAUUUGUAUGUGAUCCAGAAGCCCUCUUCUCCAUGGCCUUUCCAGAUAAUCAGCGCCCACUGCUGAAGACAGACAUGGAGCGUCAUAUCAACGAAGAGGACACGGUGCCUCUGUCGCACUUUGACGAGAGCAUGGCCUAUAUGCCAGAAGGGGGCUGCUGCAACCCUCACCCCUAUAACGAAGGCUACGUGUAUUAACACAAGUGACAGUCAAGGGCCUCCUCGCGCCUCUCCUCUUUUGCAAGAUGCAGAGAAUCUCUGAAUUCUCUUCAAUCUUUGUCUGAUUUUUGUUGUUUGUAUUUUAUUUUUAAAUAAUAAUACACAAAAAGGGGCUUUUCCUGUUGCAUUAUUCUAUGGUCUGCCAUGGACUGUGCACUUUAUUUGAGGGUGGGUGGGAGUAAUCUAAACAUUUAUUCUGUGUAACAGGAAGGUAAUGGGUGAAUGGGAGCGGGGGAUUAGGGGAUUACUUUUUACUUAGGCUUGGGAUGGGGUCCUACAGGUUUUAAGUAUGAUGAAGCUCUAUCAUGUUGAUUUGAUUUCAUAACAACCUAGAAAAUGUUCAUUUCCUCUGGGUGUCUAUAGUACACAGUUAAUUCACAUUGUGUAAAUAUCCACUUGGAGACUAUUUGCCUUGGGCAUUUUCCCCUAUCAUUUCUGAGUCUCUGCAAGGUGUACAAAAAAAAAAAAAAAACUACUGUAAAAGGCAGUUUAAUUGUUAGAAAUGACUGUUUUUGCACCUCUUGUAAAAAGGUAUCUAGAGAUUGCAUUUGCUGCUUUUUGUUUUGUUUUGCUUUAUAUAUGACUCAUAGAGGGUAACCAUAAAAUGGGUAAUUCUCUCUGAAGUUGAGUAAUCACCAUGACUGUAAAUGAGGGGCACAAUUUUGGACUCUGGCUCCAAACUGAGUCACAGGCCAGUAGCAGUAUACGUAUCUGGUGCCACCUUGCUCUUUAGAUACAAAUCAUACUGUUGUUAAAGUAUUUUGAAGCUCAUUUCAGUUAAAUAAUGAUAUUUUUCAUGGUCCUUUGAGAUCUUCAUUUAAAUGUUAAAUCUGGGAUCACAAUGAAGCAAAAAAUAUCUGUCUCCUUUCGCUUCCUUCAGUACAUAAAAAUAUUAUUUAAUCAAUAAGAAUUAACUGUACUAAAUCAUAUAAUAUGCUGUUCUAGAUACAGCAAGCACUCCUUAAGAAAAAUAUCCAAUACACUAAAUAGGUACUAUAGUAAUUUUUAGACAUGGUACCCAUUGAUAUGCAUUUAAACCUUUUACUGCUGUGUUAUGUUGAAACAUAUAUAAAUAUUAGAUAAUGCUAAUGCUUCUGCUGCUGUCUUUUCUGUAAUAUUCUCUUUCAUGCUGAAUUUACUAUGACCAUUUAUAAGCAAUGCAGUUAACUACAGAUAGUAUUUCAGGACAAAAUAGAUGACUCGAACCAUUUAUUGCUUAAAAAAUAGCUUAUGCCAUGGUAUGCUAUAAGCAGCUUUUAUGCACAUUGACAAAAUGAAGAGUAAGCUUCAGCUUGCUAAGGGAAACUGUGGAAAAUUUUGUAACUUUUGGUGAAAUGGAAAAUUAUUUACAAACUGUCAAAGAAUAUGAGGAAGUUGCUGUAUGACAUAGUGCUGGCACUGGUACUAUCCAUCAUCUUGUUUUGGACACUCGUGUAAAUGUGAUUGGAUUGUUUGAAAGAAGAUUUAAAGAUUUAAAGUUUCAAA